AUGGCUCAUCACCCGUCAUUCACUCUUGCCGGCCUCUUGGCAGUCGGCGGCACCGCCGGAUUCCUCAAGACUCAGUCCAAGCCAUCCCUGAUCGCUGGUCUCGGACUUGGAGCCGCCUAUGCGUACUCUGGCUAUCUGCUCAAGGAGAACAAGGACUAUGGCGCCGAGCUCGCCUUGGGAAACAGCAUCGUUCUCUUGGGUGCUAGCGCCUCGCGGGCCAUCAAGACUGGUGGCAGAGCACCGAUACCGCUGGCGUUGGCCACGGCGGGUGCAGCAGCCACGUUCUACUACCAGAAGAAGUACCGGGAGUUCAAAUUCGGCGUGUAG